GAUUUUACCUACGGGCGUGAAACGGGGGAUCUUUUCAUUGAAUAACUUGAUCGUUGAAUUACCUACAGAAACUUUGUGAGAGGGGUACUGGACAGGCCUACGGUCGAGUGGCCUGGCUUAGUAGCUUGUGAUGACGGUCGUAAUGUCACCAAGCGAUGGCUAAGCUAGUGUAUGAGUUUGGCAGUUGGGGUCAAUUGGCCAGUGUUUUAAAAACUGUGUUGGACAGGGUUGGUUCAACCAGUUUAACUGGGUACUGGUUUCUGAUUCGUUGUAGAAUCUGAUCCGGUUUUUUGACCGAUUCAUUCGGAUAUCAAUUUGCAUGUAUCUGAAUCAAUCAAAUGCCCUAAACAUCACAAUCGCUUCGAGUAGUAAUGAUGAUGAUAAAGCGGAGUUGAUGGCGGAGGCCAUGCCCAUGACGGUAAUGAUUAUCGGCGGCAUUGCCGGUGGUGGCGAUCAUGUGGUGGUGCAACACCACUGAGUGCUGUUCUUCACAAUCCCUUUUUUAUCCCAUAAACAUGCGACGGAUUUCGUUAACGAGUGCUCUGGGGGUUGCGCAAUUUCUUUCUGGCCUUCUCGUGCAUAGUUAAAUGUUCGGUAGCCAUGCCUUUUUAAGGGUUUCGAUGCUGUCCGGAUCUCCCAAUUUCCGGGCCCGACAAAAACUCGUCUGUAUAUAUUAAUUAGCGCGAAAAAAAAAAGAAAGAAAGCCGCAUAUGGAAGCUAUAGAUUGUGUUCACAUAUCGAAUUGGACAAUUAUGUGAUUGCAAGCCAUUGCAGAAUCAUCAUCCAUCAUGUUCUUAUAAAUCGAUUCAUCCGUGCCGGUUCGUGCUAUCUUUAUUUUAUCAAAUAAUGACAAUUCAUGUCGGUAACUUAGAACGGAAUAAGGAAACUGUUCUAAAUAAAGAAACUAAGAUAUUGCGCAGAGCUAUUUAUCAGUGUAUCUUACAGAUUUCCUUACGAGUGGAAGACCCAAAAAGAGCAGCAAUAUUUGAUUUCUCGAAAUAUAAAUUGCUCCAGCGGAAAGCAAUAUCUCGAUAUUCUAGGCAGAGAAAAUCUCAUAUUCUCGACCGGGUGUGUACGGGAAGCGAUUUCAAUGGAGAUUACCAUGAGAGUGAAAGUCCAUUGUUGCGGAUCGUGCCAAAAGAAGGCCAAGACGAUCUUGGAGCAAGCGGAUGGAGUGCAAGCCAUAUGCAUGGACAUAGGCGAAGGCUUGCUGACAGUAGUCACUGGCGAUGUAGAGCCUUUCCUGCUGAUAGAGAUGGUGGAGAAGGAGGUCAGGAAGAGGGUGGAGCUCCGGUCCUUCCAAAGGUACCCCGCGCGUGGUGGUUUAGUAGACGGCGGCGGCGGUAAUGAUGGGCGUCAUGAAGCGAUCAAAGAGGCCGACUUGCGCAGGGCGAGAGAUAGGAAGAAGGCUGCUUGCUGUUGGGUUGACAAAGAAAGGGCAGGGCAUGCCGAUUCUGUCCCCGCGGGCCCGCACUGGCCGGGACGGGGAGGGUGUCAUCCUAUGGCUGGGCCGUGCCAGCAUCAGGGAGAUCCGGGAUGGCCACCUUUCUGGAAUCCGCACGGUCCGCUGCCUCCUCCUGAGUGCUUUGCGUCGCCUUGGUUCCCGCCGCCUUGCCAUUGGUUCUGUCCUAUGCCUCCACCACCGAUGCAGCCGCCUCCGCCACGUUGCCACCACCAUGAAGCGCACCGACCAAAGCACCGAACAAAGCAAUGAUCGGCUACAACAGACAUGUUGAAAUCUACUAGGGUUGCCUAAUAUUCCGUUAUUACAACUCGUUUAGGUUCUUGAAGGACCAGCAAUAAGAUUGGUGAACCACCGAUGCUGAUGAGCCAUGGUUUUGGACAAAUUUUAUCCGACAAUACCUUAUCCAUUUGUC